AUGGAAGGACUGUCUAGUUUUACUUCCGUCUUUUCUUCUAACAACGACAAUCGCGUCGCAAAACGAAACCGCCGCCCUCUUUCGUGUUCAAUUUGUCGCGCCAGAAAGUUGAAGUGUGACCGACAGCAACCAUGCAGCUCUUGUGCUAAAAAGGGAGAAUCUGCGAGUUGCGACUACAGCCCGGUCAUCUCGAAGGAGAAGUCAAGAUCUCGCUCUGCUGUCAACAGCAAUGAUGCUGCUGCUAGCCGCUUACAGAAACUCGAGGAUCUGGUCAACGGCCUGAUGCAUGCUACUCCCCCAAGCAACUUUGUGGUAACUCCUCCAAGCUCGUCAAACUCGCCGCAGAUCGACCCUCCUGCAUAUCUGGCAACAUCUGCUGGUGGUCACCUAAGUCAGCAAGGAGCUUAUGUUGGCGGCACCCAUUGGGCGUCGAUACUCGAGAGAAUUCAUGACAUUCGGUCGGUCAUGGACUCUGAUCUUAGUGAUGUGCCUUCUGAGCCAGCACUGAAAGCCGAUCCCCUGUUCGGUCAAGAACGCCUCUUGACCAUCGACGAGGUUCUCGUGGCGCUUCCAGAGCGGCAGAUAGUCGAUACUCUUGUUUCGACUUACUUCAAGGAAUCAUUUUUAUCUUUGACAUUCAUACACAGUGGCAAGUUUCAGAGAGAAUACGAAGGUUUCUGGAAAGACCCAUCCUCAGCAAGCUUCUGCUGGUUGAGCAUUCUCUUCUCCAUCAUGUUCAUGGCAGCAAAAAUUGCCACGGCAAGAGGUCAACUAGCACCUUCUGAUCCAUGUGACACAAAACGAGCCGGAGCUCUGAGGUUGGCUACUAAAUGUCUUGUCACAGGCCAAUACCUCAAAGCCCAACCAUACUCUGUUGAAGCAUUACUGUUCCAUUUCCAUUGCAUCUAUGCUCUUCACGCGGAUCCUGAUAUACAACCGUGGCCCAUCCUAACUAUGGCUACCAGACUGGCCCAGAAGAUGGGCUAUCACCGCGACCCUAGGCAUUUGUCAGCAAAACUAUCUCCAUUCGAAAGCGAAAUGCGACGCAGAGCAUGGCAUUACAUCGAGAUAUUUGACAUCACCAUGUCAGCUAACCAAGGUAUACCUGCAAUGAUCAACGAAGAUGAAUGCGAUUGUCAGUUUCCUAUAAACCUUCUGGACGAGGACUUCGACGAGAACACCUCAGUAAUGCCCCCUUCGCGAUCUGACACAACUCACAUCCCCAUGCUAUUCUUCAAUUGCAAAGCUGAGGCUGUUCGCCUUUUGCGUCCAAUCAUUCGACAUGCAUUGUCCAGUCGAAGAUACGACAUAGAGGAGACGAACAAACUUCACGAUAGUCUUGAGAAGAGUCGCAGGAAUGUACCACAAUCAUUGCGUAUCCGGACCAUCGCAGAGACUAGCUUCGUCGACCAAGACUAUUUGAUCAUGCAGCGCUUUAUGCUUGAGCUACAAUACCUUAAGGGAUACUGUAUCUUACAUCGACCAUAUAUGGCCUGCCAAAAGGAUGAUCCGGCAUACGAGAAGUCGAGAGAGAUUUGCAAAAGCUCUGCACUACGUCAACUCGACCUGCAGGCUGACUAUUUCCAAGCCGUCCAGCCGCAAGGACGUCUGUAUCAGAGCAGAUGGAUGUUGACGAAUGUGACCUUACAUGAACAAUUCGCUGCCGCUAUGAUUGUAUGUUUAGACCUUGCAGAAUCAACAUCGCAGAGUCCAGAGUCCAGGGCGAGGAAAUUGGAAGCACUUCAGAACUCACGGCAUGUAUGGUCCAGCAAAAAGCCUGCUUAUCGGGAUGCCAUUCGAGCAAGUCAUGUUCUUGGUGUCAUGAUAGCAAAGUUGACUGCUCAUGGGGGCGACCCGCCGACAGCUGUUCAGAGUGGCACAUUCAACAUACCCAACUGUCAACACCCACCAACACCAGCCAAUUUGGACAGUCAUAAUGCGCAUUGGAGUGUUACGCCAGCCCAAGAUACUGCCCACGAGAUGAUGGACAUUGCGUCUCUAGAGAGCAUACUUGAUAAUCCUGACCUGCUGAAUUGGAAUGAUAUCGACACUUAUCUUAUCGACUACAGUGGUGGUCUCGGUCUGACAGAUCCUUUGGCCAACGUGCCAUAA